AUGAGGGACGGGGAUGCGGGGCAGCAGCCACGCCGCGCACAGGUAGAGCCCGGGCGGUUCCUCCGCCUCCUGUCCUGCGUGGUCCUUGUGUGCGGGGCGGAGGUCGCGGCUCUCGCCGACUUCUCAGGUUACUUAACGAAGCUCCUGCAGAAUCACACCGCCUAUGCCUGCGAUGGGCAGCACCUGAGCCUGCACUGCCCUCGGCACUCAACCAUCAGCGUUCAGUCAGCAUUCUAUGGGCAGGACCCCCACAUGUGCAGUGCCUGGGAGCCUGAAACCAGGAUGACAGAACCCAGGAACUGCGUGGCACCCACCUCUUUGCAGAAAGUACUGGAUGAAUGCCAAAACCUGAGAUCCUGCCAACUCCUUGUCAAUAGUCGGGUUUUUGGGCCUGAUCUGUGUCCAGGGACCACUAAAUUCCUCCUUGUCUCCUUUAAAUGCAAACCUACUGAAUACAAAACCAAAUCAGCAUGUGAAAACCAGGAACUGAAGCUCCACUGUCAGGAAUCCAAGUUCCUUAUCAUCUACUCGGCCACCUACGGCAGAUGGGCACAGGAGGAGAGCGUCUGCUCAACAAAGGCGGAGCACACCCCCCCCUUUGACUGUUUAUCUUACACAGCGCUGGAAGUGUUAUCGAAGAAGUGUUAUGGGAAACAGAGAUGCAAAAUCAUUGUCACUAGCCGGGAUUUUGGAAGUCCGUGCCUACCUGGAGUGACAAAAUACCUAAAUGUCAGCUAUGCAUGUGUUCCUAAACUUAUCCUCACAGCUGUCAACCCCCUGGUCCCUGACAACAGGUCUUCCAUCAAACAGAACAACGGUGUUGACCUUGAUCCAAGGGAAUCGAGACUUCCAAAGAAAGAUGGAACUAUUGUUAGCUCUAACUACUUGGCUACACUUGCAUACAUUAGAGAUCAUCCUGAAAGAGCCGCUCUCCUGUUUGUGUCCAGUGUUUGUGUGGGACUAAUCCUCACACUGUGUGCCUUGGUGAUCUGUGUGUCAUGUCCUAGGGACAUCCAGAAACUGCACAGGAAGAGGGAUCAGCUGGUGCCAGAGAGUGCCAGAGCCUACCAGAGCAGUGAACAGCAGGAGGAAGAGGAGGAGGAGGACUCCUCCCUUUCAAACAGCCAGGACGACAUAGACGGACUUUACAGACCUUCUUACUCAGGUUAUAACUCAGCAGAGGCAGCAGAACUGGCCGAAAGGAUUGAGCGCAGGGAGCAGAUCAUACAGGAAAUUUGGAUGAACAGUGGUUUGGAUAUGACACCCCCUAGAAAUAUGAAUACAUUUUAUAUUAAUGAACAAUAA